AUCAAACAAGCUCAACAAUCCUCUCACCAUCAACCCAAUUUCAAGCAGACAAACUUCAACUGAACCUCCAGCACAACAACCAGCAAGUCUUAGAAUGCCGAGGAAGAAUUAUGGGGGAACAUCCAAUCUACCUGCCGGAUGACGACCCCUUCACAGCCAAGGUAGUCUUCAAAGCUCUUUUAUCCACCCUACAUGGAGGAGUUGGGCUCACAAUGGCAAAGGCACACGAGAAAUACUAGGGUUCCUGGCUACGACGCCUUGUCAAGAAAUUGAGAGGUAGCUGCCACGGUUGUAAAUGGUUCCGAGCAAGAGCAUAUCAAGUGCCACCUCCAGGAAAUCUCCCCAAGACCAGAACAGAAGGAUCAAGACCAUUCCAAGUAAUAGGUGUAGACUUCACGGGUCCGAUGAGGUACACACCAAGAGCUAAAACCAAGAGGAAGGCAUACUUGGCUUUGUAUGCAUGUAGCCUAACCAGAGCUGUGCACUUGGACCAGCUGAAGUCCUAGAAACAUCCAAAUUUAUCGGAAGCUUUAAGCGGUUUAUUGCAAGAAAAGGCAGACCGGAGAUGAUUUUUUCCAAUAAUGGAUCCAUCUUCAAAGCUGCUGAGAAAUGGCUAAACAAAGUACAACAAGAUGAAAGAUUCAAUGACCUGCUAGCCGGCCUCACCAUCAAGUGGCAGUAACCUAAGCCAUGCCCCAGGGUAAGGAGGUAGGUUUGAGUGUCUCAUUGGCCUUUUCAAGGAUGCUUUUUACAAGACCAUUGACAAUGGGACACACCACUGGGCGGAACUAGAAGAAGCAGUACUUGAUGUUGAAGUACCUCUUAACAACCACCCCUUGAGCUAUCGCGAAGGAGAUGUCCAGCUUCCAGUGUUAACGGCAAACUCCAUGCUGCACAUCAACUCAUCUACCAGAAAAGGAUUUAAGCAAUAGAGCCAAAUUUCUGCUCAAGUGUAAAGAAGUCAUGUGGAAACAAAUGAUGGACAGCCGAGUAUGUCUGAAGUCACCGAGAAAGUCACCGUCGAGCAGGAGGGAAACAAACACCCCUACCACAAGUUGGAGAUGUCGUCAUAACCCAAAACAGCAAGAAAAAACGGAACCAGUGGAAACUUGCGGUUGUAACUCACCUCAUCAAGGGAAGAGAUGAUAUCAGAGCUGAGGACCUGAAAACAAGUAAAGAAAUCCUGGAGCGUGCAGUUCAGCAUCUAUACCCCUUGGAGCUAACAUGUUCCCAGCUGAGCUCCACGCUUAACCCAGCAGCCCCGGAGUUUAACAUCAGACCAAAGAGAGACACUGCUACUGCAGCUGCAGCAUGCAUACAAGAACUUUCUGAGCAAUCAGAGCUAUGAACAUUGACACUCGUUAGAAAAGAAACACUUACCUUAGGUUAUCGUUUCAUACGUUUUUUCAUUUUUUUGAGAAUUGUGCCCAGUCCAAGAACUAACAUAUACGUCCCUUCCAGGAAUGUACAUGGGGGAGGGUGUCGGGGACUGGGGCACUCAUCACGCAAUCAACCAAUCCAAUCUUAGCAUUAACUACAGGAAUAUGUAAGUGACCGGAAAUACACACCCAACACAUGUUGUUAACCCAAAGCAUCGCUUUCGUCAGAGCAGUUCUUUUUCAUCUGUGACCAUGUGAAGACCUUACAAGAGUUGUGAUAUUAAAACCGUAUAACACAUCUUUGCGACUGGUCAUGAAUACUGCCUACAACAGCCAGAGAAUUCCAGGAUACCUAUGGUGAAACAGGCAGUCGAAGCUGCCGGGCGUAUUCUUGCUCGUCUACCAAAGCGUAAGGAGCCUUUGUCUGCCAAGUUAGACUGAAGAGUUGUCAGUCGCCUAGAGAAGGGUAGUGUUGCUGACAUCCAGUUGGCUGUGUGGUUCUCCCUGGGAUAUUUUGGUUUUCUCCAUUGGGAUGACCUGCACUAUUUGAAAGUGGACAGUUUGCAUUUUGAGGAGUCCCAUGUGACCAUUUUUCUGGAGAAGUGA